UAAAGGUAAGGCGGUGGUAAGUGUGAGUGUCAAUGGAGCAUUAGAGCCAGCGAGCCCGUCAUUGCAAAACUGCAUCAAAUACUCAAGCACUGGUAAAUACUUCAGCGUCCUGUGUGACUUUGGAACGGUAUUAAUACUUGAGUUAAAAGAGCUUGGUGACAGUUUCCAGGCAGUCAUUACCAAGAAACUCUCAUUCAGCAAAGGUGAACUUCUCGAAGGCCAUGCUUGGUCCACUGAUGAUGAGAUUUUUGCAGUGGCUGGAUACAGAAUCCACCUUUGUAAAGUCAGUGAGGACUUCCUCAUCUUUCACACUAUUCCUUUGUAUUAUUUGCCAAAAGACAUUUCCAUUAUCUUGAGGGAUUUUUCAUCUUCAGAUGAGAUUUAUCAUUUAGCAGUUGCGGGUCCAAAUGGAGUGGAGCUUUAUCAAAUGGAGUUGACAGACAACUUUAAAAUUGGUGCAUCCUUAUCAGUUCAUCCAGAUCUGGCCAUUGCUUUGGUGGAAUUUUCUCCAGACAAACAGAGCUUGGCAGUGGCUGCCUUUGAUGGCCAUUUUGGUAUAUGGACUGUUUCUAGCUUGUAUGCUGACCAAAAAGAGUUUUGGUAUAUCCACCUUAAAACUGUUCGCAUUACUAGCAUGGAGUUCUCUCAUGAUAGCUCUAUGGUUGCUGUGACAGGUUGGGAAGGCUGUUGGCAUUUGUAUAAGAAAGCUGUUCAAGAUGGGAGAUUGACUUGGAUAGAGUUUGAACAUGGUAUUAGCAUUGAUAAGGUGUCAGGGGAUCUACCUGGCUGUUUUGUGAGUUGGUCUCCAGAUAGCAGAUUCAUGAGAUUAAUUCAAUGUAAUGACCAGACAUUUAUCCUGUUGACAUUGGAUAUUCAGACCUCUGUAACCACACAAAUUUGUCUUGAUGGCAUUCCUAAAGGAGCAGCAAGUUUCAGUCAAAGAUCUGGGGAUUUCAUUCUCUUUUUCUUGCGAUCCAAGCAAUGUUUUGCUUUAAGGUGGCCAGAAACUCAACCUGUGUCUUUAGUGAAAAGUGUUUCCGUUGACGAAGAGAAAAAAAGACUUUUAUUUCAAGAAUCUUUUGAAGGCUCUGUGCUCGUAGAACUUUCGUCCAAGGGUUUAUUGACCCUGCAGUGGAGGAGGACGUCUCAAGAAAGCUUUUCCUGGUUGAGGGAGAUAGGAAAUAGAUCUGAGAGUAGCUGUGAAAAUUCAUCGACAGGAGUUGGCUCAGAAUGCUUAGAACAAAGGAACGAAGGGUUAAAUUUGGACGAAGAAGCUCUGGAGAAAAACUGUGAAAAUGACAGCAGCAGCUGUACAGAAGAUGAAACUAGAUUGCCUAAUGUUUCUGUAGGGCUUCAUGCCAUCGGGUCCACAGAAAAUGCCAGUUGCUCGUCGGGUAACGAGAAAACAAUUUCUGAAGACAAUCCUGUUGAAAGUAUGAAUACUCUGCAGACUUCGGAAGGGUCUGAGACUUCCUAUGAAAAUUUUUACCCCAAGACUAACAGCAAAUCCCAGUGUACUUCUAGUUUAUCUAACGAAGUGUUAACUUUAGAAGCACCAUUUAUCAAUCCAGGACUUUUUCAGAAGUCUUGGACUGGUAGCUCUAAGUUUCUAUCAAGAAGCGACGUGCGACUGCUAAUUUCAACAAACUAUGUAAUAGUGCCCGCCUUACCCCUGUUAGUGUAUGUGUAUGAGUCGCAAAUCAAAGAGUGGGAAACGCUGCUAUUCCCCUGUCCAGUCGAAAGCUGCUGUCUCACUGCAGAUAGAUAUCUCGUACUUCUCACCACCGGCGGCAACUUGAGGAUUUGGUGUUUGUGCACUAUGAAAAUGAUCUACUGCUCUGGCAAGGCUCUUUUCAAUAUGGAAACUAGCUCUCAAAGGUGUUUGAUGUUAGGAGAUCCGUUUGAGCUUCAGUUUAGCAUCGUCAAGGUGGAUCAAGCAGGCUCUGGAGAAAUGAUACGAGUCUCCAUGUAUCCAGGCCAAGGCAACCUCAAAGUUACCAUGAAACGUUUACCGCUCUAUUAUCCUGAUCUACUGAGUCAGAGCAGUAAAAGUCAAUUGUGUGGCUCAAUUGGCAGCUUAACUGUCUUCAAACAAAGCCAACAUGCAAACGGCUGUGAUUUGCCAAAGGCCGAUCGUGGAGACGAGUAUUCAUUGCCAGUCAAAUGGUUCGUGCUACUUCCAGAACUUUCCAUCAGCCGAACAUUUCUCGAGGAGCCAAAAUGUACUUUAGAGCAAUUCACUACCCGACGUCGUAGCUCCCUAAAUCAACUGGAUGAACUCACACGGGCUUCCAAGUAACUCGACUUAGCCUUAAAUAAGGACAACAACUACAAGUUUUCCUUCUUUUUCUUUUUUUCUUUCUUUAUGCCUUAGUGAAAAAAUGGGGAAACUUAAAACAAAUUACUAAACUUGUACUGUACACGUUUGAUUGUGUGGUUGAUGCUUUGAUUCUCCUUGAUUCGAAGAAAAUAAAAGAUAAUUUCGUGAUUAGACAGA